AAAGUAAAAAAAAAAAUAGAAAUUGGCAAAGAUUACUACACGACAAUAAAUUACAGUUCCAAGGGAACUUUUUAAAAGUGUUGUCACGCAUACAACGAAUGAACUAAUAAGAGGCUAAUUCCUUAAAUUACAUUACAUGCGCACACAUCGUCAGAAUUAAAGGAACCCACCAGAGAGAUUCUGAGAUGGACCGACAGCAAUGCACCAGCAAAACUUGCCUUCAUGCCUCCUUAAUUCAGAACUCUAACAAUGUUGACCAUGAUGUGAAUUCUUGGAAUGAGAAAUACUAUGGAAAAGCAGAGAUUAUCACAGAGCUGAAGAAGCAAAUGAGGUUAGCAGGACCUCUAGUCAUUGUCAGCUUCUUACAGUACAGUCUUCAGAUGAUAUCAGUUAUGUUUGUCGGCCGUCUCGGCGUGCUCUCUCUCUCUAGCGCUUCAAUGGCUACUUCAUUUGCUGGAGUUACUGGCUUUGGUUUUAUGCUGGGAAUGGGAGCUGCAUUGGAGACGUUAUGCGGGCAAGCCUACGGAGCAAAACAGUAUCAUAUGCUUGGAGUACACAUGCAAAGAGCUAUGCUAGUUCUUGCACUUGUAAACAUCCCGAUAUCAUUGCUCUGGUCUUGCACAGAGCCGAUUUUCAGAUUCCUGAAGCAAGACCCACAAAUUUCCAUGUUCGCGGGUAUAUAUGCGCGAUGCCUGAUUCCUGCCAUUAUUCCUUACGGAUUUCUUCAAUGUCAGCUUAGAUUCCUGCAAACCCAAAACAACGUUUUGCCAUUGGUUUUAAGCACUGGCAUUACAAGUUUAGUCCAUGUUGUUGUAUGUUGGACAUUGGUGUUUGGAUUCGGAUUUGGUAAUGAAGGUGCUGCGCUGUCUAUUUCAAUCUCUUACUGGACAAAUGUGCUCAUUUUGGCUAUCUAUAUUAAGUUUUCUCCUUCAUGCCAAGAGACUUGGACAGGUUUCUCUAUGCAAGGAACCAAAAAUCUGUUUAGUUUUCUCAAGUUAGGCAUACCUUCAGCUCUAAUGGUUUGCUUCGAGUUCUGCUCGUACGAAUUUUUAGUUAUUAUGUCAGGUCUGCUCCCAAAUCCAAAGCUAGAAUUGUCAAUGAUGUCCAUCAGCCUGAACACAAGUUCUGUUGUAUUUAGAAUUCCCUUUGGACUUGGCAGUGCAGUGAGCACAAGAGUCUCAAACGAAUUAGGUGCUGGCAGACCUUAUACAGCACAAUUGGCAGUGCAAGUCGUCAUAUUCUUAGCAGUUAUAGAAGGCGUAGCACUCAGCUUAAUUCUAGUCGCAGUGAGGGACGUCUGGGGCCUUUUGUACACCAGUGAAAAGGAAGUUGUGAGAUAUUUGGCGUCUGUAAUUCCAGUGCUUGCCACAUCCAAUUUCAUGGAUGGAAUGCAGGCUGUACUAUCAGGUACUGCUAGAGGUUGCGGUUGGCAAAAAAUUGGAGUAUAUGUAAAUUUAGGAGCUUAUUACCUCGUAGGUCUUCCUUCUGCUGUAGUAAUGAGUUUUGUGUUCCACCUUGGAGGAAAGGGGCUCUGGAUGGGAAUAAUAUGUGGUAGUUUCCUACAAGCACUUUUGCUUUUAGCCAUUGCCAUGAACACAGAAUGGGAGCUGGAAGUACAUAAAGAAUUUCUUACCCUUCAAUUUUUUAAGCAAAGAAGGCCAGGGAUAGAAUAUAUGCUUCCAGCAUUCUGAUAGAUACAUCUGCAGAAGAAGUUUGGCUCUAGACAUUAUCAAAUUUGGGUAACUAAAGGUUACAGUAAAUUCUCAAUGCCCGCAUGUAUUACAAAAAAGCCACUGCACAUGAUGCGAUACAAGUGAUAUUUGCAUUCAAUUGGAAACAAAUACUAAAAUAUGCAAGUCUAGCUAAGAUAUUUAUUGCGUCUCUGCUUGAGACAAAUAGUAGUAUCCAUUUUAAAGUUAAUAAAGUAAUAUAUAUAUUAUAUAGCCUUUUAUAA